AGAGCAGAUACACAGGGGAGAGAGCUGGCAAUGGCAACAGCCAUGGACCUCUCUUCGGUAAUAAUGAGGAACCGAUGCCCCCAGAGUUUAAUGGGAAGGAAGCAAUCAGACUAAACAAUAUUAAAAAAACAUACAAAAAGAAGGACAAGAGAACAGAAGCUUUAAGAGACUUGUCCUUGAAGGUUUAUGAAGGCCAGAUCACCGCAUUACUUGGUCACAGCGGAUCUGGAAAAACUACUCUAUUAAAUGUGCUCAGUGGAUUUGCCCAGCCUUCAGCAGGUUCUGCAAUGAUAUACAACUACAAAGUAUCUGAAAUAGAUGAUAUGGAAGGAAUUCAGGCAAUCGUUGGAAUUUGCCCACAAAUAAAUUUACAUUUUGAAGCCUUAACAGUGAAGGAAAACCUGAGAACUUUUGCUCACAUCAAGGGGAUUCACAAGAAGGAGGUAGAGCAAGAGGUGCAGAAAGUUCUGGCAGCGUUGGAUCUCACCAAUCAUCAGGACGUCCGUGCCAAUACUCUGAGUGAAGGACAAAAAAGAAAAUUGUCCCUUGGAAUUGCAAUUUUAGGGAAUCCAAAGGUCUUGCUUUUAGAUGAGCCAACAGUGGGGUUAGAUCCCUCCUCCAGGCAGCGGGUGUGGCGUCUUCUGAAGGAACAUCAAGCUAAUCGUGUGACACUCUUCGCUACCCAGUUCAUGGACGAGGCUGAUAUUCAUGCUGAUCGGAAAGCUUUUCUCUCAAAUGGGAGAUUACAGUGUGUUGGCUCAUCUCUUUACCUGAAGAGAAAAUGGGGAGUUGGCUAUGAUUUAAGGAUGCACGUCAAUGACCUAUGUGACCCUGACGUCAUGUCAUCCCUGGUCAGACAGUACAUCCCUGAUGCCGUGUUCAGAGGACGGAAGGGGGAUGAACUGUGUUACAUGCUACCUGCGGAAAACAUGGAUGCCUUCCCAGAUCUGUUUGGCCAUCUCGACAGCAACCUUUUGCAGGGGGUUGUUAAUUACGAGGUUAGCAGGGCGACUCUGGAAGAUGUUUUCCUGAAGCUGGAGGGUGAAGAAGCUGUUGUUCAAGAAGAAGAUAGUGGUUUUAGUAAUGAACAUGCAGAAGAUGGAGAGUGCUUUAACUUUGAGGAGAUGGACCAAAGUCUUCUGACGCUUUGGGAGAGAGGGAGAGCCGUAGUAAGCGGCAUGGAGCUGUGGAGACAACAAGUUCGUGCGAUGGCAAGAGUUCGCUUCUUAAAGCUGAAGCAUGAAGGAAGAUUAUUCAGGUCCUUAUUGCUAUUCUUUGGAGUAUUUAUCUUUCCUAUGAUUAUCAUUGUUAUUGGAAUUCAGCUGUUUGACAGCUUCAAUAACUGGGAACUGACUGCUGGUUUGUAUUUUCUUCCCACUGAAGAGAGAACUCAUAUUAAGUCAACAAAUCUUCUCAUCUUCAAUGACACAGGAUCAGAAAUUGAGGAUUUCAUUCAUGCUUUGAAGAUUCAAAACAUAGUGCCGGAAAUAGCUAUUGAGGAAAACAUCACAAGUAUGCCAUUGUAUAAUGGAGCUAUAAAAAUAUCCCUGGAAGGAAAGCACUACCAGUACACGAUCAUGUGCAGUACAGAGCCCAUCAACUGUUAUCCAGUGCUCAUGAAUAUCCUCAGCAACACUUUCUUAAGACUCUUCAAUUCCACAGCACGUAUCCGUAUCUGGAGUAACCCCUUUAAUAAUCUACAAAACCCAGCUACAGUGCGUGAAAUUUUUUACAUCUGUCUCAUCUACAUGCUGAUUUUGACUGUUGGUUUGCCUUCUCACUUUGCAGUGAGCAGCAUGGAUGAUUACAAGAUCAAGGCUCGCACCCAGCUGCGGCUCGCUGGGCUCGUCCCCUCGGCAUACUGGUGUGGGCAGGCGCUGGUGGACGUCUCUCUCUUCUGGGCCCUCAUCAGCCUCAUGUUUGGGAUCCUGAUUUUGUUCUGUCACGCCAACAUCUUGAAUGCCACUGUGAUUAUUUCUUUGAUUUUUUGCAUCAUUGGUUAUGGAGCAUCUCUUGUUCUACUCAUCUAUUUAAUUGCAUUUAGAUUCCGCAAGGGACGGAGCAAUCGUUAUAUUUGGUCUUUCAUCCUUAUUCUGAUUACCUUGAUUUUCUUUUUCUUUAAUGACCAAGAAGAAACAACCUUUUUGAUCUUUUCUGCCUUGAUUCCCGUGUUUCCAUUGCUGGGCUGGUUCAUCUUCUCUGUAUCUGCAAUAAGUCAUCCUGAGAUAUGGAGUAACAUCUUUGUAGUGGCCUUUGCACCUUAUGUCCACUGUGUGAUUUUUGCUUUUUUCCUUCGCUGUUUGGAGACGAGAUAUGGAGGAGCAGUUAUGAGAAGCGAUCCCAUCUUCAGGAUACACCGCGGGAAACCGGUCGCUUGCCAGAACAGGGACCAUCCGGGAGAGGAAGCUGCAGAAGUUCAAGCUGAAAGGGAGAGAGUUCGGAGCAUGAUAGCGUCGCUGCCACAGGAAGAGGAUCCAGUUAUCAUUGUCAACAGUGUGCGCAAGGAAUAUGAAGACAAGAAAGCCAGCUCCUUUUUAAAGAAAAAAAAGAAAGUUGCUGUCAAAAAUCUCUCUUUCAGCGUUAAAAAAGGAGAAGUAUUAGGUCUGUUAGGGCCUAACGGAGCUGGGAAAAGCACAACUAUAAGUAUGAUUUCUGGAGACAUAACGCUGACUGCUGGGGAGGUGCUGAUCAAGGGCAGUGAUGCAGCUGCCUCUUCUCCAGGGCAGGACAGCCCCGGGCUCCUGGGGUACUGCCCUCAGGAAAACUCGCUCUGGCCAGAUCUCACGGUGCAAGAACAUCUGGAGACGUACGCUGCUGUGAAAGGGAUGAGAAAAGAAGAUGCAGCUGUUAACAUCAGUCGCAUAGCAGAGGCCAUGGAUCUCCAGAAACGUUUAAAAACAGCAGUCAGGAGACUGUCUGUGGGAGAAGCUAGAAAGCUGUGUUUCGCGCUGAGUGUUCUGGGUGACCCAACAGUCAUGCUUUGGGACGAGCCAUCAGCAGGCAUGGAUCUGAAAGAGCAACACUGUAUGUGGAGAACAAUUCAGAGCGCACUGAGAAGCAAAGAGAGGGGAGCAGUUCUCAGCACACGCUGCCUGGACAAGGCCAUGGCGACGUGCGACCGGGUGGCCAUCCUGGUGUCGGGGCAGCUACGCUACAUCGGUUCAAUUGAGGAUCUGAAAAGUAAAUUUGGCAGGAGUUACUACCUGGAAGUCAAAACGAAGGACGUGAGGCAAAGCGACGUCCACGCCGAGGUGCUGCGGCUCUUCCCCGCAGCGACUCGGCAGGAAAGUAGUUCUUUGCUGGUCUACAAGAUACCAGUGGAAAAUGUGCUACCUCUGUCCCAGUCUUUCUCCAAGCUAGAAGCAGCUAAACAAAAUAGCAGGCUUGAGGAGUACAGCUUGUCUUUGCGCACCUUGCAACAGGUGUUUAUAGACCUCAUCAAGGACCCUGAAGAGCACGACCAGGAUGCAGCAUCCACUGGAGCUCAGGACUGGAGAUCACUUCAUCCUAGAGCCCUUUAAGCCAGAAAAAAAUCUUUCAGUAUAUUUUAUCAGUAUUAUUAAUAUGUGUGAUUUGAUACAGCCCUGGGACUUGGUUAUCCAUGUCGCAACACAUAGAGCUCUGCAGGUUUUUCUGCUGCACUAUAUAUAUAUAUAUAUAUAUGUAUGUAUAUAUAUAUGUAUAU